CCUCCACCCGCCGGUGACAGCACUAAAAAGAAGCACUCUAGCGGGGUGGCGAGAAAGAAAUGAUGUCCUCAGUUGGAUUUUGCAUGUGUUGUUUUGACUUUAGUGGAAGUGACCUAUAUUGCACUGGUAGAAAUGUCUUCUCCAAUUGAAGCAGACGAAGAUGAGGUGGAAGAUGUGGAGUUUGUAUCAGAGGGCCCUGUCAGACCAGUAGUGGAAUGUAUUGAUCUGCGGAGUGAUACUGAGGAUGAUGAGGGCUGUUCAUCAUGGGCAGGGACGUUUGAAGAUGAAAUCACCUGCCAUAGAGCGCGUGUUACGUCUACACUGGACAGGCUGGCGCAGCAGGUCGCUCUAGAGAAAAAGGAAAGAGCAAAUAAAUGUAGAGCAUUCAAGGAGAAGCAAAUCUUACAGAAAGCUCAUGGACAGCAGGAGCUGGCUUUUAGUUCGACAAAUGGAAUUAACCAGGAAGCAAAGCGCUGUGUGGACAUGUGGUUAAAGAUGCCAGGUGUUCAACCUGGAACAAUUAGUGGUGGUUUUGGACGAAGACGCAGAUCUGCUCCUUUCCCCAUAAAGAGUUCAACUAAACACACUUGUCCGGUAAUUAACUGCGGUCGAGUUUAUGAAAAUGCGUCCCUGCUUGAGGGACACUUAAAAAGGUUUGAUCACUCACCUUGUGACCCAACCAUCAAACUUAAAGGAUGUCCAUCUGAGCUGUUUGCCUGUGCUGCCUGUGGUCAACAUUUUCAGACUAAAGAAGCGUGGAAGCAACAUCUGGAGUCUAAGGUGUCCUCACCUACUCCCGGCAGUCACAGCAUCACUCAGACCUAUCAACGAAUCGUGUGUUUUGCCUGUCCUUCGUGCUACCUUUUCUUCAACCUCCGUGAUGAGUGUCUGCAGCACAUGGCAGCCAGUAAUCACUUCACAGAGUCACUCGUCAUGAAUGAAACCAAAGGAAGAGCGUUACCAGUUCCCAUCCCACAGUAUGUGAAGAAUCGUCUCAUCACUUUGUGCAAGGAUGCAACAUUCAGCGUCCGAUGCUCUUUAUGUCACAAAGUACUGACCUCACAUCAGGCAGCUCAGGCUCACUUUAAUGUGCACUGCAGACAGGGCUGUGCAGUGGCCAAGGCCGAUAAAACAGUAACGCAGGUAAUGAAACAGCUCCAAGUGCGAGGGCAGUGCUCCCUCUGCUGUAUAAUCUUCCUCAGCCAAACUGAAAUCGAGAGACACAAAGAAUCGACCCAGCACGACGUUGAGGUCAACCAAACAAUGGAGAAAGCAGUCCUUCAGUACUGCAGGUUUAGUGAAAUUCAACACACAUCGGGGGCUGGAGAUGCACUGGGGAAAAGACAGUCCACCGGCCCUGAAAUGCCUUUUCACAAAAGAAACAAGAAGAGGAGCAAUGACGAAGAAUUUCCAGCCAAACGAAAGAGACUAAGUCAAAGUGUGAAAGACAGCACUAGCAGAAACUCAAAAACAGCGUGGUGCUGCGAGUGUGGUCUACAGUUCUCAGAGGAGGCUGCAGCCAAAAUGCAUCUCUUGGCAGUGAACCAGAUUUUCCAUCAGUGUGGCGUUUGCGGCAAACACAUGGGAGAGUCCUCAAUUACCCGCCUGCAUAUGAGCCGCUUCCAUGGGGGAGCUCAUCUUUCCAACUUCCUGUUCUACUGCCGCAAGUGCAAGGUGGAAAUGCCUCGGUACGAAGAUAUCCUAUCGCAUGUGUCCGAAGAUCACAGUGGACACACCUACUUUAUUGAACAAGAAGUGCCUGAAGAGCUUGCCGCAGUCAGAGAUGCCAAGCCGUCCACCAGCACCCUACAUUCACCCUACACAAAGUCUGCAGUGCAGCAGAACACAGUAGAGAUCGCUUCUUUAAAAGCACAGCGGACCUGGAUGUGCAGGAUGUGCGAGGACGUCUUUGACUCAGAAAAGGACGUCUACAGGCACUGCAGUGACGUGAGCGGUCACAGCUUCCAGAGAUUCAUCUGUGGACACUGCCCGCAGAAGUUCUUCAAAGAGUCCACUGUGCGCAGACAUUGUAUGAAUGAGCACGACGGGCAGAUAAAGAGCUCCCACUUCUGUGGCCUCUGCGACAGCAUGCAGUUUGAAUCCGAGGGCGAGUUCCUGGAGCACUACAAGAGUCUUCACAGUAAGGACUACUACUGUAUGGAUGAUAACGUUGUUGAGCCUACUGUUGUUGAGAGCACCAGUCACCCUUCAUGCCCAUGCAUGGGUUCAGAAAAGAGCAAAGAGGAAAUUAAAUCUACAUACACACAAUGCAUGAGAGAUCUGUCCUCUGAAGGAAAAUGUCAGUAUACAUGUGCUCCUUGUUCUGUAUCUGUGCCUUCCUAUGCACAAAUAAAGACACAUGUCCACACCAAACACCCAGCUCUAAACCUGGACAAGACCUUUGACGUGGAAUGCAAAGUUUGCCUGGAGAGUUUUACUGGCGUACCAAGUUUCCAUAAACACUAUCAUUCCCAACACUGUCCCCUGGAACCUUGUGUGAGCUCCAGGACCUGCAGUAAAAGCAUCAAAGCAGAACUCACUGCUGUAAAAAUAGUCAAUGCUGUGGAGAUCAAACCAGACGCGAAUGAGAUCGAAGAUGAGACGCUGGUGAAGUUUUUGAACAUGGAUCAGGCCAACAAAGAGAGCGAAGAACAUGAAAAUGAAUCUGAUGAUGUAAUGUCUGUGAGUGCAGACGAAGCAAGAGAGUCAGCAGAGUUGGAAGAAGCUCUUCAAAGAAGUCUCCUGGAGUUUUAAGGCAUGAUGUGACACGAUGUUUAUCAAACAUUAUGUUGAAAUGUUUUGUACCAGUAUUUCUGUUCAUAAUAUACUAAAUAAAUGUUUGUUGCUCUUUUA